ACUAAACAUCCAGUGUUUGCUAUGUCUUCUUUUUGGAAUGAGAUGGAGAAACUUACAAUAAAUGACAUUUUAGGUUUACGAAGGAUCAGUACAACUCCUCCAUCCAGCUCCCUCCCACCGUUACAGGAAAUUGAGGAGACCGAUAUGUUGGCAAUGACAGAUUCUGGCUUUUUUACUCAGCUGGAUGAGUCCAAGGCUGAGGCUGAGCAAACCAAUGCGGACACUGAUUUCAACAAUAUAGGACUAAGUUCAGUUUCUGUUAUGGCAGACAAAUCCUCCUUAAAAACAGUUAUGUGGGAAAAUGAACCUGUCGCGUUGAGUUCAGGUGCUGAUAUUUACACUAAGAGAAUGAUUUUAACACCUGUUGGUGAUGAUCCUGAACCUGCCCUCCCUGAAAUAGCUCAAACAUGCCUCAGAAAGAUUUCUAAAAAUGUAAGUGUCCACAAUCUACCUGCCCUGGAGUCUGAGUCUUUUAAAUACAGAUGGAAAGGCCAAACUUCAGAAACGUCAGACAAAGGAGAGUUGGACAAAGAGCAAUAUUUCCACAAUGGACAAACGCCUAGGCAAGACAAAGACUGUGCAGCUCCGUCUUCCACAGAGAGCUACAGAAUCUCUCUCACCAAUAUAUUUCAGUACCUUUUUAGUGGAAAGCAAUCAAUUCCUAGCCCGUCAGCCACAGAUACUAUAACCUCCCAAUACACCUUUGGUAAUUCUGUCUCAGAAACUUAUGAUCAUUUCUUUUCAGAGUUUGAUUCAGAAAGCUUGUUCUACCCUCUCAUCACAACAGAAGAUCAGGCCAAAGAAAAGAUGGUCCCCAUAUUUUCCUGCUCUCGUUCAACAAACAGAAAUUUGCAAUAUCCUGAGGCCUAUGAGCACUUCUUUGCAUCUUCGUCUUCUGAUGAUUCGUCUGAUGAUGAAGAUAACUGUAGGCCUGUGAAGGUGGUGACCAGGUUCAGUCGUACGCCAAGUGCAUCUCAGAUUUGUACCGACGUAUAUGACAAUUUCUUCACAGAUAAAGACCUAAGGCAGGAUUUCUUUUGGAAGAACUCUCUUUCCUUCAGAAACAUUAAUUUUGCUGGAUCUACUCUCAAAAAGCAGACAUUGUCAAACACUCUGUCUCCGGCACCUCUGGAACAAAGUGGCCGAUCCCCUCAAAGGACUGUUUAUCCUAUUAAUGUUUUGGGAAACCAAGAUGUGAUGUUUCCUGAUCCACUUCUCUACCACCUGGAGGACAGGAUCGCCAGACAGCUUGUGCAGCAGCCUUUCAGAUGUGAAGACCUACAGAUGGCUGUUUCAAACCCAAGGUUGGAUGCUCCCUUUCUGCCACUCAGACAUUCAGACAUGUGUCUGCUCUGUAUAGCAUUCGCCUCCUGGGUGAUGAAGACUACAAACCCACAAGUUGGAGAUGCUUGGAAGGCUGUUCUUCUGGCCAAUGUAAGUGCCCUGUCAGCCAUCCGAUACCUGCGUAAAUACAUCAGGAUGGAAGCGGCAUCCAGUGAGAAGAAACUGCAUUACACCGCCCCAUCAAGCUCAUGACAUCUCUGCGUUCCAGCAUGUCAUGCUCAUACUAAAACAUCUUUCCAUGAACAUCUGAUAUGGGCCAGUCCAGGACAUCAGUCCUCAGAGACAUUUGUCAAACUUUGAAAUGAUUUUGUUUUUUUGGUAUUACACAUUUGCACUUUGAUUCCUUCCUUAACUCACACUCAGUAGGUGUAAGGGAUUUAUUUUAAAGCGGUUGAAUUGCUACUUGCUAUUUUUUUAGCAGACAUUUUGACCCCUUUAUGUCUGAAAGCUUUUAUAUGAAGAUGUGAUGUGUAUAGCAUAAUAUAAUAUAUGUAACAAUAAUUCAAAAGAAUGGUAAAGACAUUUGUUUGAAGAUUCUGACAAGUUGAACCAGACAUGUACAGAGUUGAGAUCUUACAUGGACAUGUGAUAUAAGGACUUAAAAGUGUAGUGUGGUGCCAUUUGAGCCAGUAUGUUUUCCAAAAUGACAACAAAAAAGCCUAAGAAAAGUAGGAUUAGUACAACGAGGGACUCAACUCUGUGCCAGUAUCUAUUUUAUGGUGUAUUUAUUAGAUUUUCAUGAAAGAGUUUCGAAAGAUAACUGCAGAGUAUUUCGUCAUUUGGGUUAGACUGUGAGCUGCUGUUGAUUGAUUGAUUUUCUGUCUGUCUACAGUAAACAAUAUCUCGGAUAAUGUGUGAUUCCACAAGCACCUCGUACCUGAACAUGAGGCUGUUUAAACACUGGAGGGCAGUAUAAGCUUGAGCAAGAAAUUGAGGUACCACCGCUGAGAAGGUACAGCUUUCAAAAUCAUUACAAAAGUUGAUCUCACCAUAAUUUAACUCAACCACUAGUUCAUGCAAGUAUUAGUACAAGUACAAGUGUCAUACAUUUUAAAUGUUAAAAUAUUAAAAUAACAAAGUGUAUUCCAUUAUCAAUACUAAAUAUCUACAGGAAAUCUUUUAGUUUUGAGGCAUUAUAUUUCUCUCCAUUAAAAGGCAAAGUUGAGCCAUGACUUAUAGGAUCGCAGACCAUGAAGCUGCUGCAGUAUGCACAAAGUGAAACACUACCAGUUCGAUUUCAGUGUAAUGACUGUCUUCCUUAUCUAAGUGUCAGAGGCGGCCUCUACAGUAGCAUGUGUUUUUAAAAAAUACCAUAGUUCUGUGUAUGAAGCCCCAAAGGCAGCACAUCAUAAGAAUAUAACAGUUUAUGACAUUAUUUUUUUAUGUAUUAAUAAAAUGGUUUGGUAGUUUGAUGAGUUACCCUAAAUCACAAUAACUCAUGACUUCUUAUUCACAGAUUUAAACCUGUACUUGCUUUAAUUACCUGGCCCUCUGAUAAAAAAAACAACCCAACCAUGUACACAUGUUGAUUAUA